UAUUUAUGCAUUAUUAUGUUACAAUAAUAUGAGCUAGAGAUAGCGUCUUCAUAUAUAGAAUUCUACCCAGAUCACAUGGAGAGGACAGCACAGUGGAUUUUAUGGGUUGCCUUGAUCCAACUUCUCCUGAAUCUUAGCGACGCAAUGCUCAGUGGAAGGAAACUCAGCGCCACUACUAGCAACACUCAUUCGGAUUUCAUAAGCAUUGAUUGUGGAGCAAGCGAGGAAUACACUGACCAUCAAACUGGGAUUUCAUAUCAGACAGACACAGGUUUUGUAGACACGGGGGAUAAUUUUAUGGUGGCACCUGAAAAAAGAUAUGACAUCUAUUAUCCUUAUUUUGGGAGACAACUGCAGACACUAAGAAGGUUCCCUGAAGGAAGAAGGAAUUGCUACACCCUGAAACCAAAACAAGGCAAAAACCAAAGUUACCUCAUCCGAGCUUUCUUCUCAUAUGAAAACUAUGAUGGCAGAAAUCAAACUCCCAGUUUCGAAUUGUACCUGGGUGUCAAUUAUUGGAAAAAUAUUUAUCCAAUCAAAAAUUAUCAUUUUGCUGAGAUCAUCCAUACUCCUAUGGCUGACACCAUCCACGUUUGCCUUGUCAAGUCAGGCAAAGGAAUACCUUUCAUUUCUACAUUAGAACUACGACCUCUCAACAAUUCUAUCUAUACAACUCCCUCCCCUUCUCAAUCACUUUUAGAACUUCAAACAAGAAUUGAUGUUGGCUACGUCAGUAAUACUACAUCACUACACAUCAGGUAUAUGGAUGACAUCUACGAUCGUACGUGGCGCAUGGGCAACACUUUGAACUUGACAGAUUGGCAUGUGUUCAAUAAAUCUGUGGAUAUUGAUCCCCAAAGCACAAAUGAUUCUUACAGAUUACCAGCACGAGUGCUAUUAUCUGCAGCUAAAUCAUCGAAUCGCUCCUCUGCUUUAAACUUUGACUGUGUUUCGGCUUGGGGCGGUCCAUUUGAAUAUUCCUUCACAUAUUUUGUCUAUUUUCAUUUUGCUGAAAUUGAGCAGCUUCCCCAUGGGCAGAAAAGAGUAAUCGAUAUUACUGUAAACGAUGAAAAAUUCCUCCCAAAGCCCAUAACUCUUGAAUACUUGAAGCCUCAGACCGUUUUUACAGUUACAAAUCAAAGCUGUCUCCGUUUCAGCAUAAGUGCAACAUCAGAAUCUGCUGCGCCUCCAAUCCUCAAUGCAUUCGAGGUUUAUCGAUUAAUAUCACCUCUAACUUUACCAACAGACCAAAGAGACGUGGAUGCUAUCUGGGACAUCAAAAUCACAUACAAAAUCUUUAAAUUGGAUUGGCAAGGUGACCCCUGUAUCUCCAAUUUUGCAUGGAAGGGACUUAUGUGCAGUUCUCUCACCGAUCACUCUUACGCAAGGAUCACCUCAUUAAACUUGAGCAUGAGCCAGUUAACAGGACACAUAGUUAUUUCAUUCUCACAGCUUUUGGAGUUAGAGUCCCUGGAUUUGUCAGAUAAUAAAUUAUCAGGAACAAUACCAGAAUUUCUAGCUAAAUUGCCGAAGUUGAAAGUCCUUAAUUUGAGAGGCAACAAGCUUACUGGUUCAAUUCCAAAUAUUCUGAAGGAGAAGUCAGAUUUGGAAAUGAGUUUGGAUGGUAAUGCUGAUCUUUGCUUGACGGAUCCAUGCAAAAAGCAUAAGUUCGCUAUUCCCGUGAUAGCAUCUGUUUCUAUUUUGAUUGUUGUGAUCUUGGUUUUGCUUGGAAUAUGGUUCUUUGGGAUCAAAAGACUGAAAGGGGAUUUUACUAGGCGUGAGUCAUCAAAACUAAGAAGCAAAGCAUUUUCUUACUCCAACGUUCUUGAGAUCACUAAUAACUUACAAAACUUGAUUGGAGAAGGAGGAUUUGGAAAGGUUUAUUUAGGUAGUCUUAAGAAUGAUACUCAAGUUGCAGUAAAAUUACUUUCUCAAUCAUCAGUACAAGGUCAUAGAGAAUUCCGAUCAGAGGUAGAACUUUUGAUGGUUGUUCACCAUAGACAUUUGGUUUCUUUGAUUGGAUAUUGCGAAGAAACUGGUGCAAGGGCAUUAGUUUAUGAGUAUAUGGCUAAUGGUGACCUCCGGCAACAUCUAUCAGGUAAUAACAAGCAUGCUUUGAAAUGGAAGAAUAGGCUUCAAAUUGCACUAGAUGCAGCGCGUGGAUUAGAAUAUUUGCAUGAUGGUUGUAAGCCAGCAAUAGUACACAGGGAUUUGAAGACCACUAACAUUUUGCUAGAUGAAAAUAUGGAAGCUAAAAUUGCAGAUUUUGGAUUAUCCAGAGCUUUUGCAAAUGAUAUUGACAGUCAUGUCUCAACUCGUCCAGCUGGAACUAUUGGUUACCUUGACCCCGAGUUUCAAAGUUCUGGCAACCUUACAAAAGGAAGUGAUAUUUACAGUUUUGGGAUAAUUCUGCUAGAGCUAAUCACUGGACAACCAGCAGCAAAAAGGCAUCCAAACAAUACCGUCAGUCUCCUUCUUCAAUGGGUUACCCCUAAAGUUAAAAACAAGGAUAUCCAGUACAUUGUUGAUCCAAGGUUCCAAGGAAAAUAUAAUGUCGAUUCGGCUUGGAAAUUUCUGGAGAUAGCCAUGUCAUGCACUGCACCAACUGCAAUUCAGAGGCCAGUCAUAAGUCAAGUAGUUUAUGAGCUAAGGGAAUGUUUGGCAAUGGAGAUAAGCAUGGAAGUGACCAGCAGCGACCACCCCAUCAAUUCAAGCAGUUCCAUGAAUACGAGUGCUUUGCAAUUUGAUUCAGACGUCAGUAUAUUGUCUGGAAGAUAGCUCCUUGUUUACGUUUUUUCUUUUCUUCCGGCUCAAUUCAAUCAACUAUUACGUUAUAUUUAUCCAUCUCCAUAGCUAAACAUUAUUUAGUCCAUGUCAUACGUAAUUUGUUAUAUUCACGGCCUAUUGGCCCACUUCGAAAACCAGGAUAUUGUUCUCAAGCUUAUCAUUCCAUUUAGGACUGAAACUUGUCUUAAUUUUCGGGGAUGUUUCGUAACUCCUGAAAGCACUUAAAAUAA